UGCAGCUACAAAAAACAAACAUCGAGUUGAACGAGUCUCUCGGACUCUUGCUCGAAAGAUCAUUGUUUUUGUCACGUGUUCUAACGUCCUUGUUUUUAUGGUUUUUAUGUUGAUCGCGGCGAGAAUGUGAAUUGUGAGAAUUGCCGUGACAAAAUUACAUGGGUAAACGUGGACUUAUUAGUGAAAAUCACAGUGUGCGGAAAAUAGCGAAAAUGCAAGAGCCACGGUAUAUCGCGAAAGCGUGUCAGGACGAAUUUUACACCGCUGCCGCGAAAUAUUGGGACCGCAUCCCGCCCACAGUGGAUGGAAUGCUGGGAGGCUUCGGAUUUAUUUCGCAGACUGAUAUAAAGGGCUCUAUACUCUUUUUAAAAUCUCUUUUCGAGAUAGAAAAUCCACCUUCUAAAGCAUUUGCCUUAGAUUGUGGUGCUGGUAUUGGUAGAAUUACGAAGAACUUAUUACUAAAAUUUUUUAAACAUAUAGACCUCGUUGAGCAAAAUCCAAAAUUUCUAGAGGUAGCAAAAAUCUCCCUGGAAAACUGUUCGUCAAGAAUCGGCCAAUAUUAUCCUAUUGGAUUGCAAAACUUCUCUCCUACACCAAAUAAAUAUGAUCUUAUAUGGUGUCAAUGGGUAUUGGGACACUUAGAAGAUAAUGAUUUGAUAGAAUUUUUUAGAAAAUGCUCAUUGAGCUUGAAAGAUAAUGGUGUGCUCGUGGUGAAAGAAAAUGUCACAACUUCAAAUAAUAUGGAAAUUGACAAGGAAGACUCUUCCGUAACGAGACCAAUGAAAACCUUACGGUCUUUAUUUGAAAAGGCUGAUCUUAUUUGUAUUAAGGAACAACAGCAAACUAAAUUCCCACGCGGUUUAUAUCCGGUUCACAUGUUCGCCCUUAGACCAAGAAAUCAGUGAAUUAGUCAAUAACGCGCAAUACAAAUCAAAUCUCUGAU